UCGCAAAGUUCGGCACGAACUUCACAUUCACAAUCACUUGGGAAAACCAUGAAGCUUUCAGACCUUCAGUAAUGCUUACUGCUUUACUUAAAAGUACUCUUACAAAAGUACAGCGUCUUUGCUAUUCACUUUGAAGCAUUUUCAAAGGUGUGCUCCACCAAUGGAGACAUUGUACAACUAUGUUGGGAUCCACUAUUUUGAUAGUUGACUGGACACUAAACAUCGGCUACGGAGAUUUCGCCUUCGGUGUGAUUACAUGCUGUAACAUACAUCACAAGUGCUCACCUUUUUUUUCUUUUUUCUUGUUUGCACAUUGUAAUCGAGAGAUGAGUGGUUCAAAUCCCACCGCUGUCUGUCUUUUUCGAUGACUGCCAUGUUUCAACUGAUCAGCGGCAUGUUCCGAGUGUGAGAAAGCAUCGGCUGGUUGGUUGGGUCUAAAGAGACUGGGAGGUGGUGGAUUCGAAUCUUACUACCGGCUGUGCUGUUUUGAGGUUUCCCUGCGUUUCCCAGGAGGCUUUCCAGACGUAUGUCGGCCCAGUUCCCUCGAAGUCGGCCCAAGGCCCACACUAACCCCCCCCCCCCUUGUCCCCCACUGCUUCCUUCUGUCCUCUCUCCAUCUGUCUUUGUCGUUUUGUUUUUUUUUGAACUGCUAUAUCGUGUCUCGCUUUGUCGAUGGGCGACACCAGUAUUGAUUGUAUGUUACUCGCGACCUACUAGAUUAUAACGACCAUGUCAUAGGCACCCCUUCCCAGCGCCGGAUUUGGAAGCGAGCGGUGGCGUUGCUCACCGGCCCGGUUAUUGCUUCCUCAGUUUCUGCAAUACUUGGUACUUCAGCUAACCACAGUAUUUUUGUACAAGCGGUGGAUGUCCCACGAGAGAUGCUUCUUUCCAAAGUUGAUUAUUAUCAUCCUUCUCCGCGUUUUCAUGGGAGCUGUUGCUGUCGUCUGCUACGGUAGUCUUCUACUCGUUCAAAAUUCGAAUUUCCAUUGUCCAAUCAUGACGUAGAUCUCACGUGCCAACGAGUAGCACCCCUAGCAGAUCAUGCGGACGGGCUUCUCAUAGGGGUUGCCGAUUAUGACACGGUCGUUAUAAUCUAGUAGAUCGUGAUGUUACUAGCGCACAUUGUUGCUUUCCUCAAAACUAAUAAAUUUGCGAGAGACAAAUGCAAACACAUGCUGCCGUACAUCCUGUGAGUGCCAAACGAGUCAGAUGAGUUAAGACACCUCAGUAGCAUUAAGGGGACUACAGAAAAUAACAUAGCUGAGGUCGUACGUGGCAUUUUUAACCAGGAAGUUGCAAAUCUACACGCGCUCAGCAUAGACACCAUAAUCGACACACUGACUGUUACACCACUACACACAAACAUAGCACACAGUGAUGGAAUCACAUCCCUCAUAAAGUAUAUUUCUUCUGGCUACAACAGAAGCAAUGACUACAAGUGAUGCUGUCAUGAUCCUCUCCUCAACACUUCUCUCCUACUGGGGGCCAAUGGGAACACGGAGGAAAUAAAGACUGAAUGCACUUCCAGCAACACUGAGUUGGCAUUUUAGUCAAUACAGUGAUAGUCAAUGCGCGUUAGUCAAUAAAUAAAGAUUAAAGAUCUAGAUAAAUCUAAACAACUUCUAAAUCUAAUCAAAAUUUAAUCUAAAAAAAUUAAUCCAGAAAUUUUAUCCAGUUUAAAUAAAUAAAUAAAGACGAGUCAAUAAAUAGUCAAUACUGUGGGCAACAUUUUCACGUUUGGUGGGCAAAUGAUAAUUGUUUAUGUAAUAGCGCUUGUGUGUCACUGCCUGCUUGUCUCAUCUUUGCCAUUUUAGGGACAAGGCAUUAGUGUAGAGGCAAGAGAUUCUUCUGCAAAGCCCCAGCCCAUUGGAUUCACAGCCCAAAGGAAUGCAGCUGCCCCAGAUGUCGAAUGGUCAGCUCACAACAAUAGAACUGACACCUUGUGAUGCUGCAUGUCUUCCGAGACUGGGCCAGAUGCAGCAACAGGACUGUAGCAUGUCUGCAUCAGGAGGAGGUGUGAUGGCUGCAAUGGGCCACAUUAAAGAAGAACCCCAAGAAUGCUCUUCAAGUGAACAUCUGCUUGUAGUAGUAAAGACGGAGCCAUACCAUGCUACAGUUUCGGAAGGGUGGGACCAUGUUGAACACAGCCAUGACCCAUCGUCAGAAGAAGAAGCAGCAACCACUGGUAUACUACUUCAUAUCAAGGAUGAGCCCAAAGACAUUUGUGAUUCAGUAUCUUCAGGUUGCGACUCUUCAAACACAGAGUUCAACUUUAAAACAACAACACUUCAGCCUCCAUUCGACAACACUAUCUCGGUCACUGUGGAUGUUCGACCCACGGAUUCAAAGGCUGGAGGCUACGCUUCAGACCUGAGCCAGACUUCAAAGCCUGGUGAAUCGUCAAUCUCUGACCUCGAGAAGGACAGGAUGUACAAGUGCAAUGUUUGUUCGGAUGCGUGCAUUGACACAAACCAGUUGGCGAGCAACGCGAGCACAUUCACCUGCAACACAUGUCAACUCAAACAGACCCACACAGGUGUGAAGCCAUACGAGUGCAAUCUCUGUUCUGCAGUGUCCAGCUGCAGCGUCAACAUGGGGCAUUACAAGCAGAUGCACACGGGAGAGAAGCCGUACAAGUGUGAUAUCUGUCCUGCAGUUUUUAGUCGCAAAGCAAACAUGCAGUGUCACAGGAAGACACACACGGGAGAGAAGCCAUACAAGUGUGACACGUGUAGUGCAAAAUUCAUCCGCAGCACGACACUGCGGCGUCACAUGCGGAUACACACGGGCGAGAAGCCGCACAAGUGCCAUCUCUGUCCUGCAGCAUUCAGUGACAGCACAGUUCUUCAGCGACACACACAUAUACACACAGGCGAAAAGCCAUACAAGUGUGAUCUCUGUCCUGCAAAGUUCAGUCGCUGCACAGACCUUCAGCGACACAAGCAGACACAUACGGGAGAGAAGCCGUACAAGUGCGAUAUCUGUCCUGCAGAGUUUAGCCGCAGUGCAAACCUGCAGUAUCACAGGCAGACCCACACGGGAGAGAAGCCAUACAAGUGUGACACCUGUAGUGCAAAAUUCAGCCUCAGCACGGGCCUGCGGCGUCACAUGAUGACACACACGGGCGAGAAGCCACACAAGUGCAAUCUCUGUCCUGCAAAGUUCAGCUGCAUCACAGACCUGCAACGCCACAUGGUGACACACACGGGCGAGAAGCCAUACAAGUGCGACACCUGUAGUACACAGUUCAGCCGCAGCGCGGAUCUGCGACGCCAUAAGCUGACACAUACAGGGGAGAAGCUGCACAAGUGCAAUCUCUGUCCUGCAGAGUUCAGCCGCAGCACAGACCUUCGCAGGCAUACAGCUACACACACAGGUGAAAAGCAGCACAAGUGCAAUCUCUGCCCUGCGAAGUUCAGCUGCAGCACAGACCUGCGGUAUCACAAUCAGUCCCACACGGGAGAGAAGCCACACAAGUGUGACACCUGUUGUGCAAAAUUCAGCCGCAACUCGGACCUGCGGCGUCACAUGCUGACACACACGGGUGAGAAGCCGCACAAGUGCAAUCUCUGUCUUGCAAAGUUCAGCCGCAGCACAGACCUGCACAAUCACAUGCUGACACACCCGGGGGAGAAGCCGCACAAGUGCAAUCUCUGUCCUGCACAGUUUAGCCGCAGCACAGACCUUCGGAGACAUAUACACGGACACAGAUGAAAAGCCGUACAAGUGUGAUCUUUGUCUCACGAAGUUCAGUCAAGGAGUGAGCUAGCGGAGUCACAAGUUGACUCUCAUGGGAGAGAUGCCAUACCAGUGUGAUAUCUGUCCUGUGGAGUUUAACUGCAGUACACACCUGCAGUAUCAGAGGCAGACACACACCACAGUGUGGAGCAGCCGCGGAGCAGUACUGCGAACAAUACCGCCCCGCGACCGUUUGGACGUAUUCCAAGGAUCUCAACCCAAGAAGAAGAGCAGGCUCCGCUUUUACUCCCUCUACCGCAUCCCGGGUUUGAAGGGAGAUUAGGGAAAAUCCCUCCAUGGAGCAAUACUGCCUCGCGACCGUUCAGCCUUGUUCCAGUGCUCUCACCCAAAGAAGAACAGCAUGCUACCCUUUUGCCCCCUCUACCACAUACGCGGUUAAGAAGGGAGAUUAGGAAAAAUAUUUCCGUGGAGCAGUACUGCGAGCAAUACUGCCCCGCGACCGUUCGGACGUAUUCCAGCGCUGUCACCCCAAGAACAUCAGGCUCCCCUUUUGCCCCUCCACCGCAUACGCGGAUAUGAAGGGGGAUAAGGAAAAUAUUUCCGUGGAGCAGUACUGCGAGCAAUACUGCCCCGCGACCGUUCGGACGUAUUCCAGCGCUGUCACCCCAAGAACAUCAGGCUCCCCUUUUGCCCCUCCACCGCAUCCGCGGAUAUGAAGGGGGAUAAGUAAAAUAUUUCCGUGGAGCAGUACUGCGAGCAAUACUGCCCCGCGACCGUUCGGACGUAUUCCAGCGCUGUCACCCCAAGAACAUCAGGCUCCCCUUUUGCCCCUCCACCGCCUACGCAGAUAUGAAGGGGGAUAAGGAAAAUAUUUCCGUGGAGCAGUACUGCGAGCAAUACUGCCCCGUGACCGUUCGGACGUAUUCCAGCGCUGUCACCCCAAGAACAUCAGGCUCCCCUUUUGCCCCUCCACCGCAUACGCGGAUAUGAAGGGGGAUAAGGAAAAUAUUUCCGUGGAGCAGUACUGCGAGCAAUACUGCCCCGCGACCGUUCGGACGUAUUCCAGCGCUGUCACCCCAAGAACAUCAGGCUCCCCUUUUGCCCCUCCACCGCAUACGCAGAUAUGAAGGGGGAUAAGGAAAAUAUUUCCGUGGAGCAGUACUGCGAGCAAUACUGCCCCGCGACCGUUCGGACGUAUUCCAGCGCUGUCACCCCAAGAACAUCAGGCUCCCCUUUUGCCCCUCCACCGCAUACGCGGAUAUGAAGGGGGAUAAGGAAAAUAUUUCCGUGGAGCAGUACUGCGAGCAAUACUGCCCCGCGACCGUUCGGACGUAUUCCAGCGCUGUCACCCCAAGAAUGUCAGGCUCCCCUUUUGCCCCUCCACCGCAUACGCAGAUAUGAAGGGGGAUAAGGAAAAUAUUUCCGUGGAGCAGUACUGCGAGCAAUACUGCCCCGUGACCGUUCUGACGUAUUCCAGCGCUGUCACCCCAAGAACAUCAGGCUCCCCUUUUGCCCCUCCACCGCAUACGCGGAUAUGAAGGGAGAUUAGGAAAAAUAUUUCCGUGGAGCAGUACUGCGAGCAAUACUGCCCCGCGACCGUUCGGACGUAUUCCAGCGCUGUCACCCCAAGAACAUCAGGCUCCCCUUUUGCCCCUCCACCGCAUACGCGGAUAUGAAGGGGGAUAAGGAAAAUAUUUCCGUGGAGCAGUACUGCGAGCAAUACUGCCCCGCGACCGUUCGGACGUAUUCCAGCGCUGUCACCCCAAGAACAUCAGGCUCCCCUUUUGCCCCUCCACCGCAUACGCGGAUAUGAAGGGGGAUAAGGAAAAUAUUUCCGUGGAGCAGUACUGCGAGCAAUACUGCCCCGCGACCGUUCGGACGUAUUCCAGCGCUGUCACCCCAAGAAUGUCAGGCUCCCCUUUUGCCCCUCCACCGCAUACGCAGAUAUGAAGGGGGAUAAGGAAAAUAUUUCCGUGGAGCAGUACUGCGAGCAAUACUGCCCUGCGACCGUUCUGACGUAUUCUAGCGCUGUCACCCCAAGAACAUCAGGCUCCCCUUUUGCCCCUCCACCGCAUACGCGGAUAUGAAGGGAGAUUAGGAAAAAUAUUUCCGUGGAGCAGUACUGCGAGCAAUACUGCCCCGCGACCGUUCGGACGUAUUCCAGCGCUGUCACCCCAAGAACAUCAGGCUCCCCUUUUGCCCCUCCACCGCAUACGCGGAUAUGAAGGGGGAUAAGGAAAAUAUUUCCGUGGAGCAGUACUGCGAGCAAUACUGCCCCGCGACCGUUCGGACGUAUUCCAGCGCUGUCACCCCAAGAACAUCAGGCUCCCCUUUUGCCCCUCGACCGCAUACGCGGAUAUGAAGGGGGAUAAGCAAAAUAUUUCCGUGGAGCAGUGCUGCGAGCAAUACUGCCCUGCGACCGUUCGGACGUAUUCUAGCGCUGCCCCAAGAACAUCAGGCUCCCCUUUUGCCCCUCCUCCGCAUACGCGGAUAUGAAGGGGGAUAAGGAAAAUAUUUCUGUGGAGCAGUACUGCGAGCAAUACCGUCCCGCGACCGUUUGGCCGUAUUCCACACCCCCUAACACCCACCCAGGAAUUGCUCAUGACACCCCCCCCAGGGGAGUGUCAUCUGGUCCUGUCGAUUAUUCAAAUCAAACCUUGAUAUUUACGAUGCCUACUGGUUUUGAACGCUGUGAGUAACGCA